UUUUAUAAAAAAAUCACUGUAUCGUUUUUAUUGAUUUUAUAAUGUUGAUAUUCUGAACUGAACAUUUAUUCUGCAUCAUUUGGGGACCAAAAAUUUAUGAUCCAAAAACUAAUUUUGAACUAGCCUAGUUUUCUAAUAAAAUUUCAAAAUAAAUCUACCAUCAAGUGCUUGAACAGUUUUCUCAUUUUAAUCAUUUAGGUAAUGAUUAUGUUCAUGUAUCAAUUCAUGAAUAAAUGAAUAAGUUGUGUAAGUGCUCCGUGCUCAUAUAUUUUGUUGGAUUUUUACAGGUUAAAAUGGUCAGGAAGUAUCAAAAGAAGACUGACAGAUUGGAUAUUUCAGAAGAAGCCAUCGUGCAGGCCCUCAACGAUUACAGAAAUGGGAACUACCGCUCUAUUAGGGAAGCAGCAGAAGCACAUGGACUAAAAAAAUCAACGCUUCAUUUUAGAUUAAGUAAAAUAAAUAAAAAAGAAAAUGAAGGACAUAAACCUGAGGACAUCGAUUUGGAAAAAGAGCAUGAAGACUUACCUCAACCUGUUAAGUCGAUUACAGUAGAAGAUAUGGCUCCAGUUUACAAUUCGAAAUAUUCACAUAGGCAGGUUUUUACUCCAGAACAAGAAGCCAUGAUUGUGGACUAUUGUAUUGAGAGGUCAAAAAUUUUCCAAAUAGACUCAAGUGACACCGACGAAGACGUUCCAAAGUAUGAUGAUGGAGGAGACAGCCCUUUCUCAGAGGAAGAAGAUGAUUUUGAAGCUCCAUUAAAUGACCAAUCUUUCAAUGUAAAUGAUUUCAUUUUAACAAAGUUUCCCACCAAGAAGACAGUGUACCACUUUAUUGGACAAAUAGAAGAAGAAAAUGAGGAUGGGUUCAGUGUUAAAUUUUUGAAAAAAAGAGAAAACUCUCUAAAGUUUUUUUUCUCAGACAGCCCCGAAGUCAGUAUUGUGGACCCUACUGACAUUUUGUUCAAGAUGCGACAGCCGGAUAUCACUGGAGGAACAUCACGAGCAGCCAACUGCUUUGUUUUUAAAGAAGAUUUGUCACUAUAUAACUUCAAAUAAUAUGGAAAAUAGUUUGUUUUUGUUUAGUUUAAAGUCAAUUCAGUUUAAAAGACAAUUCAGUUGAAAGGAGAAUAAGUUUAAAGACAAUUCAGUUUAAAUGAUUAUUUUUUUCUAGUUUAAAAGUCAAUUCAAUUUAAAAGUAACCUAAUUAUUUCAGUUUUAGGUGAAUUUUUGAAA